AUGACGUCAAAGGAGACACUUCGCCAACGAAAAGAAUUCCUCAGGAAAAGGGGUCGCGUCUUACACAAGAAAGGCAGAGAAUUGCACGACAGAACUGGCACUGAGGUGUGCGUUAUCACCAGAAGCCGAGUGGACGGCGAUGACACAUACAUUUGCACGCUUCGAGGUUUCUCGGAGAUCCCAGAUCGAAAUUUGAUCUACGAAACUGCUGAGUCUCACUAUUCGAGGAAAGGCAGAGGACGCCCACGCCGCGAAGUCUAUAUGCCGGAAAGGCCGUCUCCACCCAGUCGUACCAUGCCGCAACAAGGCAGUGGUGAAAUUCUCCCGGUGCCUAACGAAUAUCGUAAUCAACUAGAGGCCGAAGAUACGGUGUUCGACGUUGGCGACGUCAAUGGGACCACUGCACUGCAGAUUGACCCGAUGGAACCGACUAGCGCGAUCAACAUCACUACUACAGCCAGUAACGCAGCGAAACUUUUUGAGAACAGCCUGGAAGCUGGCAUAGAGAAUAUUCGCGAGCUAUAUCACGGUUCAUCUGGCGGUCUGUUCAUUAACCAACACGAGGACGAUGGCGGAUACGUUGGUGGAAUGGUUCAAGGUGCUGUCGGCCCCCUCCCCCUCGGUCAGGCUUCAGACGGGAAUGGACCUGGUAUGAGCGCAGUGGGAGAACAUCCACGCAUGGGUAUGGAACGUACCAUCGGUUUACUUGGUUGGAAGAGAUACUGCACGCUGGUCAAGAUAGCAAACGACUUGGCAGGGCAUCUGGAUUGUUUGGUAUGA